AUGAACUUCGGCAGCUUUCCCCGCCAUCAUGCGCUCGCCGCCUUGGAGCUCUGGCACAGCAUUCUAGGCUCGCAGCACAGGCUCCUGCACACCAUCCGCCGGUUCAACGACACGUCCGCCGCAUUCCGCUCGAAACCCAUGGGCCUCCACAUGGACGACUUGCACACUCCGUCGGUGGUCUCUGGCCCCACCACCGGCGCCUCCAAUGGCGUCGCCAAGCAGGACAUGUCACUGCGGGAGCUCAUGGCUGAGAAGGACCGCGUCCAGAGCGAGCUGUCGGCGCUGAGCUCCGUCUUGGACUCGCAUGGCGUGAACAUGAGGACCAGCUUGACCACGUUCGACGGCUAUCCUAGGGACGACAUCGACAUUGCACAGAUCCGGACCACGCGCGCACGGAUAAUACACCUUCAGAACGACCUUAAAGGUCUCUACGAUAAGAUCGAGCAGGGAUUGCACGCGCACCACGCGUCUCUGAGAGAGGCGGCGGAGGCGACAAACGCUACAGGCAGCGUAAGCACGGCAGGCUCCAGGAGCACGGACGAUGCGGCUCUGCAGGCACCGUUCGCGAAGGUCAACGACGUAGUGCCCGGCAGCCCCGCCGACAGUGCAGGCCUCAAGACAGGGGACAAGAUACUGAAAUUCGGAGACGUCAACUGGAUGAACCAUGAGAAGCUCAGCAAGCUGGCCGAGACGGUCGCGCAGAACGUGGAGAGGCCGAUAGCCAUUCGAGUGGCCAGAGAGGGCGAAGGCGCCGGGCAGCUAGACCUGCAGCUGACACCGAAGCGCAACUGGGGCGGCAGAGGCAUGUUGGGCUGCCACUUGUUGCCGCUGUAG